CGUUAUACAUUCCCUUCGGCAAAAGCCGAGCAGUUGCAAAUUUUCCUCAGCCGUGUGGCUAGCCGGGAGCAUCCCAGUCUUUCCAGACAGGCAGCAACACCGGGCAGGGAGAAAUCAAGACGUUCCUGCCUAUCACAAGCCUUCCCCGCGCUGCUGCGGCCGCCUUCGCAGCCGGCCGCCUGCCUCUCCUCAGCCCUCCCCCGUCCCCAGCUCCCAGUGCAACAGGGCGAAUAGUGGAAGCCCAAAGGAACCUAUUCGGAGGCAGACCCCGAACUAGAGCACCGACCUUCUCCCUUUCUCAGCGGCACAGGCCCUGGGUUGGAAAGAGUCAUGACAGCUGAAAAGACGAUACCCAUAAUUAAUGGCAAACAAGAGGAUGCUCUGGAUCCUGAAGCCUCAAGUACCAACUUGGUCCACAGCAAUGACAAGAAAGUGCAUGAAAGGGGCCACUGGAAUAAUAAGGUUGAAUUUGUACUUUCUGUGGCUGGAGAAAUUAUUGGGUUGGGAAAUGUGUGGCGGUUCCCAUAUCUCUGCUACAAGAAUGGAGGAGGUGCUUUUCUCAUACCUUAUGUGAUUUUCUUUAUUUGUUGUGGAAUACCAGUCUUUUUCCUGGAGACUGCCUUGGGACAGUUUACUAGUGAAGGUGGAAUUACGUGCUGGAGAAAAGUUUGUCCACUGUUUGAAGGUAUUGGAUAUGCUACCCAGGUUAUUGAAGCACAUUUGAAUGUUUACUACAUCAUUAUUUUAGCAUGGGCUAUCUUUUAUCUGUUUAACUGCUUUACCUCAGAGCUUCCUUGGGCUACUUGUGGGCAUGAAUGGAACACAGAACAUUGUGUGGAAUUUCAAAAACUUAACAUGAGUAACUGCACUCACCAGUCUCUGCAAAAUGCUACUUCUCCAGUCAUGGAAUUUUGGGAGUAA